AAAAAAAAAAAAGAACAAAAAAAAAGGGGAUACAUACCAACAAUCAGUCUCAGUAGCUCUCUAUUUAUAGGACUCGCGUACUUGAAGGUUUCGAUCGAGCAAAGAUCUGUCGAAGUUGUCUCUAGGGAGAGACAUAUACUUUCGAUUUCGAAAUCGUCCUAUUCCAGAAUGGGAAGUGCAGGUGAAACUAACUACGGAGCAUACACCUAUGAGAACCUCGAGAGGGAACCCUACUGGCCUUCGGAGAAGCUCCGCAUUUCCAUAACUGGAGCAGGUGGAUUCAUUGCCUCGCACAUUGCCAGGCGAUUGAAGAGCGAGGGGCAUUUCAUCAUUGCUUCUGACUGGAAAAAAAAUGAACACAUGACUGAGGACAUGUUUUGUCAUGAGUUCCAUCUUGUUGAUCUCAGGGUGAUGGAUAACUGUUUGAAAGUCACUACUGGUGUUGAUCAUGUCUUCAACCUUGCUGCUGACAUGGGAGGCAUGGGCUUCAUUCAGUCCAAUCACUCAGUCAUUAUGUAUAACAACACAAUGAUCAGCUUCAACAUGCUUGAAGCAGCAAGGGUCAAUGGAGUUAAGAGGUUAUUUUAUGCUUCCAGCGCUUGUAUUUACCCUGAAUUUAAGCAGCUGGACACUAAUGUGAGCUUGAAGGAGUCUGAUGCUUGGCCUGCUGAGCCUCAAGAUGCUUAUGGCUUAGAGAAGCUUGCAACUGAGGAAUUAUGCAAGCACUACACCAAGGACUUUGGCAUUGAGUGUCGGGUUGGACGGUUUCAUAACAUCUAUGGACCAUUUGGCACAUGGAAAGGUGGGAGGGAGAAAGCCCCUGCUGCAUUCUGUAGAAAGGCCCUUACCUCAACUGAUAAAUUUGAGAUGUGGGGAGAUGGGCUACAAACUCGAUCUUUCACGUUCAUUGAUGAAUGUGUCGAAGGUGUCCUUAGAUUGACAAAAUCAGACUUCAGAGAACCAGUGAAUAUUGGAAGCGAUGAAAUGGUUAGCAUGAAUGAGAUGGCUGAGAUUGUUCUGAGCUUCGAGAACAAGAAGCUGCCUAUCCAUCACAUUCCCGGCCCAGAGGGCGUGCGCGGUCGAAACUCAGACAACACUCUGAUUAAGGAGAAGCUUGGUUGGGCCCCUACUAUGAGAUUGAAGGACGGGCUGAGAAUCACAUACUUUUGGAUCAAGGAGCAAAUUGAGAAAGAGAAGGCUAAAGGCAUCAAUCUGUCAACUUAUGGGUCGUCAAAAAUUGUGGGAACGCAAGCUCCAGUCCAGUUGGGCUCUCUUCGUGCUGCUGAUGGCAAAGAAUGAAGUGGGUCAGGCCAAGCAGUGUUUAGUCGGUGCACACAAAUGCAAGGUUUUAUGGUCAAUUCCACCAUAUUUUACUAGUGGGAUUUAUUUAUGGAUAUGGAGAAUCAUUUAGAUUGCAAGUCUGCUAUUUCUUUAUGUGAUAACUAUCUUUAUAUGUGGAAGGAUGUCUCUACUCUUGCAUUUUCUAGCUUCUUAGAGAGUAGACUUCUAUUGUAUGAUGAUUUAUUGUUUGAGGAAUAUGUUAUAUAUAUAUAUAUAUCAUGCACAAUUCUUUUCCA